AAUGUUGGUACAUUGUUGUUGUUUUGUAGUUAAUUUAGUACGAGGAUACGCCGCGGCCCCGCUGGACGCCUCUUUACACCAACUGCGUAAACUUUCUUCUUCGUCGCCUCUAUCGGGAGUCUACCCCGUUACUUCUUCUACGCAUUCCGCUUCACAUAUACCCGCGUCCACAGAGUGUGUCUUCUGUGAGAUUCUGGUCCGUUGCGUGCCUGCAGGGAAUGACGACUCAUUUUAAGACGAGCAAAGCUUUAAAGGUCAAGAAGGAGGCCGGUGAGAAUGCCCCGACGCUCAGCGACGACGAGCUGGUGGCCAUGUCCGUGCGGGAGCUCAACCAGCACCUGCGCGGGCUGACGAAGGAGGACGUCGUGAGGCUGAAGCAGAGGCGGCGGACCCUGAAGAAUCGCGGCUACGCCGCCAGCUGCCGCAUCAAGCGCGUCACCCAGAAGGAGGAGCUGGAGAGGCAAAAGACAGAGCUGCAGCAGGAGGUGGACAAGCUCGCCCGGGAAAACGCCAGCAUGAGGUUGGAGCUGGAGGCCCUGCGGGCCAAGUAUGAGACCCUGCAGUGUUUUGCCCGGACUGUGACCCGAGGGCCCCUGUCGCCGGGCAAGGUAGCCACCACCAGCGUCAUCACCAUCGUCAAGUCCGCCAACCACAACAACUCCAGCCCCACCCCGUUCUCAGCCACUUCCUAGUGUUGACAGGACUGGGCUCUCUGUCUCCUGCCUGGUCCUUCCUGGUCCCGACUCGGCCUGAACCCACUCAUCCUGUACUGAGGCGGACGCUCAGUAGUUAGACUGAGGGAUGGAAUGGGGUGGCAUGCUCUAUGUGAUGAUGUGCUGCAUUCACAGCUCUGUCUCCCUCCUUCUGUCGCUCUUACACAAUCUACAUUGUCUGUGCACUGUGCAAACUCCCCCCUCCUCCCCGAUCCCCAGCACCGGCAGGGUAUAGGGCCUCUGUGACCCUACCUCCACGACUAACAGCAGAGAUUUGCUUUUACUCCAGUGUAAAGUAUCUGACAUAGCUUCACGAGGCAGCACGGUCUAGGACAAAUCUGAUACUUGAUGCUACAAAGUGGAAAACAGGCGCAUGAUAUGUGACAGUACAGCUAUUUGUAAAGCCAAAUCCUUUUCCUCUUCUUUUUUUUUUCUGUGCCUCAAUGUAAAUUGAGUUUGAAGCCAUCGCCUUAAGUAGAUCCACGAUUGAACACAUCGACGUGUUGACGUUAGGUGGACACCUUUUCGCAGCAGCACUCGGCAGCACUUUCCAGCCAGGCAUCCUUGAGAGGCAGCCAAGCACAACACCAGAUGUUUUCGCUGAUAUGUUCGGCUUCUCUUUUAGGAGGCGCUAAGCAGUAAAAAAAAAAUCACCAGUUUCACUGUUUGGUUAAAGUGAAAACUUGGCACCGUGUGGCUCUCCGCAGUGUGUUUGCGGUUGAUAACCGACCAGUGUGUCAAAUAAGUAUUUAGGAAGCGACGCCAGGGAAUAGCAGACAGUAUACUAGUUGUAAUUCCUAUAGCUGCUGAUGGUCAUCUAAUUUGGCUGCUUUAAAGUGCUAUUUGAAAAGCUUCAGGACUGCAUGCGAGCCUUUGCUCGUCUGUUAAAAGAUUAUUUAAGAUGGACACAUGUGCCUUUUUCUCCCAUUGGCAUCCGCACAAAGACAAAGGGCACGUCUCAAACCUACGAGGUGUCCCCGUCGGCACAUGGGAUGCAUCAAGUAGCCGAGAAGUCCGUCACGCUGCGUGCGAUCGCGGUGAUCCCCGGUCAGUCGCCAUUUCUUCGUACAUAUUAUAUUUGUUUUAAGAGAACGAGCGGAUCUAUUUUCAUCAUAUAGCACUUAUAAAGGAAACUGUCAAGAUACAGUAUAAAACCGUACGUUUCCCGGGGCAACUCGUGAUAGAGUUAGAUGAACCGACGGAAGCUAUUCUCGCUCGUUCUUGGGUUCGGUUGUAGCCGGGGCUCGGCCGCGCGAUGACUGAAUGUGGUGUGACCACUUACUGCGAGGUCAGGCCUAAUAAGAGUAACGGAGGCUACUCUCUGAUAACGUGUACUGCAGCACUCACUGCCUGACGUUUGUGCCUCUCUCCUUUUCUACGCCACUCUUUGGUAGGUAAUCCAUAUUGGAUAUGGUGGUAAUGAGAGCGCUCCUGAUUAAGCACGACGCAAUUCACCUUACUUCCUGUAUAUUACAGCUUAGAGACGACGAAGCUCCCGCCGCUCCUGUCGUCACUUUUACGUUGAGGGCUCCGUCCAAAUAGAAAUCAUUCCUACUGCUGGGUCACGAGACGCGCUGCUGCCGGUGUUGGUAACUCUGAAACAGUAGCUCUUCACCUUGCUUUUGACACACUCUUCUGCAAGAGAACUCCUGACGCCCAUCUCUAGAAACUGAGGUGUCAUGACAACUAAACGCAGUAAACACCUUCGCUCUUGUUGUACGUUUUGUUAAUAUUUAAAUCUGAGAUUCACUUGAAAUCAAGCCGUUCUUACCGAGGAUCCAUUCCUAAUUUGGAGUGAAUAGAGAUUGUUCAUGUCAGGAUUUUCUCUUGGCUAAGAGGACAUGACUGUUCUUCCCCUGUUCCAUAGCUGCAAAGAACAGUAUGGGGAACUUUGCUGCUGUACUACCUGCUGUGAUUUUGAAGCAGGGGCAUUGCUGUGUUCUUACUCUGAUUUUGUAUUUUCACUUGGUUUCUAUGUCGAUACAUCCUAUGUUCCUUUUCUGUUACUUAGUUUUAUAUGCAUAUACAAUAUAUAAAUAUAUAUAUAUAUAUAUUACAUAUUUUUCUAUAUUUAUGUCUUUUACUAUCUGGGGAGUGGUGUGAUUAUGUAAUCAGUCUUCAAAGUCUAAUUAUAUUGAUGCUGGCCUUUUAUCUGAAGUUGUAUUCACAUUUACAAUGAGACAACUGUUCUCGUAACUUAAGUCUUCUCUGUGAGUUUAUUUAUAACCCCUGAAUAGGUCUUCUCUGCACAUUUCCUAUAUUUGUCUGACACACAGUUUUUGGACAGACGGCGACUAGGCUUCCACACAGGUCACAGCUCUGUGACGGCGAGCGGUAAACAGACGUCUAGCCGAGACGUGAAAUGAUAACAGAUUAAAACGGAAUCAGAGGAGAGGCUGCAAAGCAAUUUGAACUAAAAUAAUAAUUCACCAGUGGUAAAUAUUAGCCACAUGUGCACUUUGCAGUCGGAUAUUUCGGGCUCUUUUAGGUGAAGCCUUAAUUUUUAAUUUAGAAAAUUUGCUCUUAAUAUUAAAAAAUAAAAAGAUUUAACCUGCAUGUAAACCUAGUCAGUCGUUGCAGACGUUAAGGUGUACUUGGUGUAGUUUUUUUGUUGUUUUUUUAAAAAAAAAAAAAAAAACUCCUGGUAAUGCUUAUUGUAACUGUUACAAAGCCUUACCUGUAAAUAAUUCCAGAGCUGUUAAAGACUGUCCUCAAAAAAAACCUCUCCUGGUUAAGGUGUAGCCUGAAACAAAAUGAGGACAAACGUGUGUGUUUACGUGAAGUUCAACAUUUUUCAGCGAAAAAGCGUGACAGCGACCUCUUGUCGUGAGGUUUAAAAGCAUUAGAGACUUUAAACGAGGCCUUGUUGAAUGAAUUUUAGCACUUACUGCUGCAGUUGAGUCCGAGGCGGCCGCUCUUCACGGGCGCGCCUCAGUGAUAGAAAAUACCAUUUUAAAUGUUAAAGUUUAUAUAUAUAUAUCUCCGUCUGUGCCAAAUCCAAGACAAACCUUUCUCUGGGUGAAUUAAACGCUCUGGUGUUAAGUGUGACACGGCAGAGGUCCAUUCAUGCUCUUGAACAGAUGUCGCUCUUAAGCUUACGAAACAUCAUUUACAUUUUAUUUCCUCUAUGAGCCACUUGUUUUUUUUUUUUUUUGUUUUUUUCUAAAAUAAAUUUGCUGAAAACUAUUUUAGGAUCCAUAAAUGUUUUUUUUUUUUAAAAAAAAGAGGCAUAAACCUUACCUGGAUGCUUGCCACACUUGGUCUGGAUAUUUUGUUUUCAGGAGCUGUAACGGAACUCUUAAGAUGGAUAUUUUACAUUUUCACAUGAAACAUAACAAUGCAAAUGUAUUUAUACAAUGAGCUUUUUUUUUUUUUUGUGUACCUUGACUAAAUAUUCAAGGUUAUUAAUUUAAAAGUUUCUUCCUGAAAACGUGUCUUUGAAUUGAAUAAGCUUUCACACGACGCAAGCUCUGCCAGUCCUACAAGCUAAAGUAGUGUGAACUCCGUAGAAAGUCUGUUUUAGCAUUGUCGAAGGAGCGCAGCAUGUAAAUAUAGUGUUUGGGUAACACGGUUGUGGGUGAAUUAAUGGAUGAAACGCAUUGAAUGUUCAACAGCAGCAAUUUCCACGGCAAAUUUGCAUGUUUGAGGUAAAUGGCUCUUUGUUCUAGGCUCAUGUAAACGUGUUGAGGCUUAAUGACGGUAAAAAGGCAGCAUAAACUGUAUGUACCCUUCACGAGUUUUCAUUACUCAUUUAUAUAUUUUAUAUUUAUUUCAUUGAUUUGUGUAAUUUUAUUAAAAAAAAAAGCAAACAAACUAAAUUAUUUUUUUUUGUUUUACAUUCAUUUAUUUACAUGUUUCCUCAAUGAACUACCCUCAUGUACAAAUAAAAUCUUUAUUUGUUUCUGCA